UGGCUAUCCUUCCCAAAUAUGGAGAAACAUGAUGCCUUGUAGCAAAUUCUCGCUUUCACAUCCGGAAAAAUAUUCGACAAAAGGAAAGGGUCAAAAUUUUGAUCGGGUAUAAGAUGCCGACAAAGAAAGCUCUAAAGAAAGCCCUUAUUGGGAAGACUGGCAGCGUUCUGUCCAUGCUUGCCCUAACAAGCAGCUUCUUCUUGGUGGAACUCAUUGUGGGAUAUGCCACAAACUCGAUGGCACUGGUGGCAGACUCCUUUCACAUGUUAUCCGAUGUAAUGUCACUGAUUAUUGGCUACUUUGCCUUGAGGUACUCUAAAAAGAGUCAAAGAACUGAACGAAAUACAUUUGGUUGGCAGCGAGCUGAAGUCCUUGGCGCCCUAGUGAAUGCAGUUUUUCUCAUAGCACUCUGCUUUUCUAUCUUGGUAGAGUCCUUGAAGCGUAUAGUCGAAGUAGAACCAAUUCACAACGUGAACCUUUUACUUAUAGUUGGUGCUGCAGGACUGUUUAUCAACCUAAUAGGGCUGUUGAUGUUUCAUCGUCAUGGCCAUGGGCAUAGCCAUGGGGGACAUGGGCACGGACAUAGUCAUGGACUACCCCCGGCGGCGGCCAAUGGCCUGGUCAUCCUCCCAGGAGAAGAAAACAGCAUCAACCACUCUUCCGGAUCACUCACAGAUGACCAUGGUGCUAAGAAUGGUCAUGUUCACGGAGGUGAGGAGGCUGUCUCCUCACCACUCACUGGAAAACAAACCUCCAGCGCGCAGCUGAACAUGCGAGCAGUCUACCUUCAUGUCCUUGGUGAUGCCCUGGGCUCUGUCAUCGUCAUGGUGAGCGGCUUCAUUAUCAAGUACGCAUCAGGGAAGUGGACCUUAUAUGUGGACCCUGGCAUGAGUAUACUGUUGGUCUGUCUGAUCCUGAGAACUUCCAUCCCAUUGAUGCGUGAGUCCUCACUCAUUCUGCUGCAAACUGUACCAACUCACAUAAAGAUUAAGGAAGUUCAAGAUAGACUGUUGGACUACGUUGAUGGUGUGUUGAGUGUCCAUGAGUUCCAUGUAUGGCAGCUAGCAGGAGACAAGAUUAUAGCAUCAGCGCACAUCACUUGUCACACACCAGAUGAGUACAUGGCUAUAGCUAACCAAAUCAAGCAGUUUUUUCACAAUGAAGGCAUUCACUCAACUACCAUCCAACCAGAGUUUGUAGAGGACACCUUGAAGAAGGAGGAAUGUGUCUUGGCUUGUGGGGAGUCAGCGAGCUGUGCAGCUCAAAAGUGCUGCACAACUGAAGCAGACUUACGAAAGAGGGUUUCAUCAACAAAGGAUGAGAGUGAGAUGCAGGAUGCUGACAAGUCAUCAAACCUUCAACAUGAGUCUGUAGUUUGAAUAGUUCAUUCUAAUUGUAGUAGCACACAUUUUUUGAAAGUCAAGGAACAAAUUAUUUUAUUAGAUAUAUAUUAGUUUAUUGAUUAUUUGUGUGGAUGACAUAUUUUUUACUAAACAAUUGUGAUAUGGGUUGUCAGAACAUCAGACUUCCUUCUUCUAAACCCAACGUUUAAUCAAAUGUAUAAACAUGUUUACAAAAAUAUGACUUCCUUAUGAUGUCUUAAAGAAACCCAGCAAACUCAAAAUGGACAUGAAGGAUGGGGGCUCUCUGAUGGUAAUAAAACCCUGUCAUGAGAUCAUGAAUGCGCACACAAACCAAGCUUAUAGUACAAGAAAACAUAUGGAUGAGAUUUAUGAAAUAUUCGUAUUCGGACACAAAUCGUUUAAUAAUUUAUUUAGUAUUAUACAGCCAUUCGUACAAGUGCUGAUUGGGGCAUAAAUUCUACAGAGAGUAGAGCUCUAUUGAACAAUCUCGUUGAGCUUACACAGCAAGAAUGAUAGCAUUGGUUUGAAUCUGCAUCAAUGCUGUAGAGCUUUGAAAAGAUGGAAAAGCGGUGUUGACGCAAAGAGCAAGUUUCUUCAAUGGUUUGAAUCUGCAUCAAUACUGUAGAGCUUUGAAAAGAUCGAAAAGCGGUGUUGAUGCACAGAGCAAGUUUCUUCAUAUACACCAUAUGUUAUCUUGUACUGUAUGCUCAAAAAUUAGUAGCAAACAUUUUUUGAGAGUUAAAGAAAAUAAUUUUUUAAUUAGAUAUAUAUUAGUUUAUUGAUUAUUUAUGUAGAUUGUAUUUUUUAUGGAAGAAUAGUGCUAUAGAGGUGGCUUUGCUUUUUUUGGCCUAUAUGUUUACACACCAACAAAUAAUAUAACACAAAAGUUUUGUUGGAAUUACAUGCUGCUCUUGAUAACUAAAAUUCUAUUUACCAAUAUUUAUUGUCCCUACGCAUCCCUACAAAUCGCUGCAUGUUAUAUGCAAUGAUUGUAUAAAAGAAAAUAACUCUUUUUUUAUUUUUUUAUUUUACAGACUCUGGCUAUAAUGGCAGGGAUUUAUGAUUUCACAGAGAAGGGCUCCAACGCGAGACCCUAGCUAAACAGUGAAACAACAUUAAAAGAUGUUAAGUUUAAAAAACUAACAAAUGUUGGAAAAAAAAAACUUUUUAGCAUUGAGUGUUACCUGUGAUUGAUCAGGCCUUCUAGUAAGAUCAUGAUUAGGAGCUUGUGUCGUUGAAUCAAAACAACCUCAAGGAUUUUUAUACUAUGUGCAGCUCAGAAAUACUAAUGAUAAGUUGGCAACUCAUUUGCAGUAAUCAAUGCCUGUUUUGAAUGCUAGAUUUCUUGCAGUCCUUUUAGCCAACACAAGGAUUUUAUGAUGAUUCGUUAGGCAUUGUCUUGAAUUUAAUUUAUUUUUUUAUGUUAUCAGGUUUCUUUGUAUUUGAUCGCAGCGUAGCACUCACUUCUAUUCAGUGUUUUACUGUGCAAUUAAGGGCACAAGUAGGAUUUCGGACACAUAUCACAUGCGAGUUAUGUAUUUUCCCCUAUGAAAUUUGAUGUAUGAAAUAUGGGUUCAAUUGCUGUUUAGAAGUUUAAUUUAUUGAAAUAGUUAUAUUUACAGUAUUUCUCAAUAGCUUGUGAAAAUAAAAUAAAACAAAUGUUUUCCAAUCCGGAUUUCUAGGAAAAAAAUAGGCCGGCGGCUUUUUAUUUUAUCUCCAGUAUUUUUAUUAUUGUCUUCCAAAGGCAUCGAUCUACCCACAGUGGACCUAGGACCUGCAUCUUUCUACACUGUCGACUAUGACGCGGAUGUUUUACUCAAUGACGAAUGCGAAGCGAAUGUCCAAACAUGGCGAACAAAGAGAAAUAUGGGAUUUUGGUCAUUUAAUCUUUUAAUGGUAAGUCAAGGCCUUUGACUGCCAAGUGGUGAUAUGUCUAUAAAAAAAAGCAUAAUUUAUCAGCAUAUGUGUGAGAUGUUCGCGGUCUACUUGGUCCUGUCGGUUUAUGGAUUAGAGCAUGGUAGCAACCAAUCUAGUCUUAGUUAGUGUCAUCAGUGUAUGUAGUCUCUUUUGACAAAUUACCUUGAAAUAUCUGUAUGUUUUAUGCAGAAUUGCUUAAUAAAGAUAGUGUCUUGAUGGUUAA